AUGUCAAUCUUCACUGAUAUGAUUGAGGAUUAUAUGGAGGUUUUCAUGGAUGAUUUCUCAGUUUAUGGGUCUUCAUUCAAAAGCUGUUUGGAUAAUCUCUGUAAGGUGCUAGCAAGGUGUGAAGAGAAGCAUUUGGUACUUAACUGGGAAAAAUGUCAUUUUAUGGUUAGAGAUGGCAUAGUGCUUGGCCACAGGGUUUCAGAAGCUGGAAUAGAAGUUGACCGCGCUAAGAUAGAGGUGAUGACAAGUCUUCAACUACCAGAGAAUGUGAAGGCAGUGAGGAGCUUUCUUGGACAUGCAGGGUUCUAUAGGCCCUUUGAGAGGAUUAAGCAGGAGCUUGUGAGUGCACCUAUUGUUCAGCCACCAGAUUGGGAUCUUCCAUUUGAAAAGAAGGAUGCUAAGCCUAGACUUUUGAGAUGGAUUCUUCUUCUUCAAGAGUUUGACAUUGAAGUGAGGGAUAAGAAGGGGAUAGAGAAUGGUGUUGCUGAUCACUUGUCCAGGAUUAGGAUUGAUGAUGAUGUUCCAAUUCGUGAUUGUCUUCCUGAAGAGCAUGUUUAUUUUGUUGAUACUGGGUUUCGGACUGAUGAUUCCACAAAUUUGUCUUCGGAUGCAUAUUGGUCGAAUGAUAGAGAUUUAGCUGUUGUGGCUAGCUCCAAUCAACCUUGGUAUGCUGAUAUUGCCAAUUAUCUUGCUGCAGAGGUAGAACCUGAUCAAUUCACAGGCUAUCAUAAGAAGAGGUUCUUGAGAGAGCUAAGGAGAUAUUAUUGGGAUGAGCCUUAUCUGUAUAAGCAUUGCAGUGAUGGUGUUUACAGAAGAUGUCUAGCUGAGACAGAAGUUCCUGAUGUUCUUUUUCACUGUCAUGGAUCAGAUUAUGCUGGACACUUUGCUACUUUCAAGACAGUGUCUAAAGUUCUACAAGCUGGGUUUUGGUGGCCAACAAUGUUCAAGGAUGCUAAUGAGUUUGUUUCCAGAUGUGAUGCUUGUCAGCGGAAAGGUCAGAUUAGUAAGAGGCAUGAGAUGCCACAAAACUUUAUCCUUGAGGUUGAAGUUUUUGAUUGCUGGGGCAUUGACUUUAUGGGACCAUUCCCUUCCUCUUACAAGAAUGAAUACAUCUUAGUGGCUGUUGACUAUGUCUCCAAGUGGGUUGAAGCAAUUGCAAGUCCAACCAAUGAUUCUGCUGUGGUUCUUAAGCUGUUUAAGACCAUUAUCUUUCCAAGGUUUGGAGUUCCUAGAAUUGUCAUCAGUGAUGGAGGUAAGCACUUUAUCAAUAAAGUGUUUGAGAAGCUGCUGAAAAAGUAUGGUGUUCAACAUAGAGUGGCUAGUCCAUAUCAUCCUCAGACCAGUGGACAAGUUGAAGUUUCCAACAGGCAGAUUAAGGAGAUUCUAGAGAAAACAGUGGGUGUUACAAGGAAAGAUUGGGCUAUGAAGCUUGAUGAUGCAGUUUGGGCAUAUAGAACUGCUUAUAAAACACCACUUGGGACUACUCCUUUCCAUUUGCUUUAUGGGAAAGCCUGUCAUCUUCCAGUGGAGUUAGAGCACAAAGCAGCCUGGGCAGUUAAGUUGAUGAAUUUUGAUGCCAAGACAGCUUCAGAGAGAAGGUUAGUGCAGUUGAAUGAGUUGGAUGAGCUGAGAUUUCAUGCAUUUGAGAAUUCCAAGCUGUACAAGGAAAGGACCAAGGCUUAUCAUGAUAAGAAGAUCAUCUCCAGACACUUUGAGCCAAAUGACCAGGUACUCCUUUACAAUUCCCGCUUGAAGCUGUUUCCUGGAAAGCUGCGUUCCCGCUGGUCUGGUCCUUUUACUGUUCAAGAAGUCAGACCAUAUGGAGCUAUUGUGCUGUUGAACUCAAAAGGGGAGAAAUUUACUGUUAAUGGCCAAAGGGUGAAACAUUAUUGGGCAAAAGCUGAGAUACCAGACGGACACAUUGUGCGUUUGGAUGAUGCACCCUCUGCCUAA